GUGUUUCUUAGGUGCGGGAAGCUGCCUGACCAAGGUCCGUUAGUUUCCUCUCCCAGCCCCCAGCCCCCUCACCUCACAUUAGGCGCUUGUGUAUUCUUUGUAAGCAGAUCCUAGAUCCCAGGCCUAUAUAUCAAAGUGGCCUUCAUUGACAGGAGCGGGAGGAGGACACCAGAACACUCUGUGACUGGAAAUGGAGCCUGUGACCUUUGAGGAUGUGACCGUGAAGUUCACCCGGGAGGAGUGGGCUCUGCUGGAUCCAUCCCAGAAGCAGCUGUACAAAAAUGUGAUGCGGGAAACCUUGAGGAACCUGGCUUCUAUAGGAAACAAGUUGGUAAACCAGAAGGUUGUAAACGAGUAUGAAAAUCUCUGCAGGAAAUUAAGGUAA